AAUCAUUGAACCAAGCCAGUAGCCGUUUCCGGUCCGGGUCCUCUCGACGGCGGCGGCGGCGGCGCCGCCGCCGCGGCGUUUUCCGAUGGUCAUGGCGAUCUCCAUCCGGGACACCUUGGAGCGGCUGGGGGAGAUGGUGGAUGGCUCAUGGCUGCAAGGUGGCUGACUGCGAGGUCCUCCGUUGCCGAGUCUGUCCCACUCCAACCACGUGCUUUUUGUUUCCUUCUGCACUUGUUUAGAUGGGUCAUACUGAUUUACUCGGCGUGUUGUUUAAUCGAAUCUGCGGGUUCGAGGCUCCAUCGAUCUGCCGACUCGAGCUUAAUUAACUGGCGGCGGUCGUAUACUAUGAUACUAUCUCGACGAUUUCAAGUUGCGGGGUUCUCGCUCAGGAAUCGUUGUAGGUGGAGGAGGGAGGGGCAUGGCGCCGCCGCCGCGUGUGUGCGUGACCGGAGGCGGCGGGUUUAUAGCCUCCUGGCUCGUCAAGCUGCUCCUCUCCCGCGGCUACGCCGUGCGCGCCACCCUCCGCGACCCAGGUAACCCAAAGAACGCCCAUUUGAAGGAGCUGGACAAGGCCCCAGAGAAUCUGCGUCUGUUCAAGGGCGAUGUGCUAGAGUACGACACGCUAACACCAGCAGUGGAGGGAUGUGAGGGGGUCUUCCAUCUUGCCACUCCGGUGCCUGAAGAUAAGAUGGUUGAUCCUGAGUCAGAAGUACUCGACCCUGCUGUGAAAGGCACCUUAAAUGUAUUAAAGGUCUGCUCUGCUGCAAAGGUUCAGAAACUUGUUGUCGUGUCCUCCAAUGCUGCUGUGGAUUUUAACCCGACUUGGCCUCAAGAUACACUCAAGGAUGAGAGUUGCUGGUCAGACAAAGAGUUCUGCAAGGAAAAUGGGGACUGGUACUCUGUUGCCAAGAUUAUGGCUGAACAGGCAGCCUUGGAAUAUGCAGAUAAAAAUGGACUGAAUGUUGUUACACUUUGCCCGCCUUUGGUUUUUGGCCCUCUGUUGCAGCCUGUGGUGAAUACCAGCAGCAAAUUCCUCAUCUAUGUUAUAAAAGGUGGUCCUGAUGUGAUGAACAACAAACUGUGGCACAUAGUAGAUGUCCGUGAUGUGGCUGAUGCUCUGCUUCUGCUGUACGAGAAGAAAGAGUCAUCUGGGAGAUACAUCUGCUCGCCGAAUCACAUUCGCACCAAGGAUUUGGUGGCCUUGUUGAAGAAGUUAUACCCACAGUACAACUGCGUAAAUAACAUCCUUGAUGUCGAUCAGAAAGCAUCGCUAACAUGCCAGAAGCUCAUGGACCUGGGCUGGGAACCAAGGACACUGGAGGAGACGCUCGCAGACAGCGUCGAGUGCUAUGAGAAGGCAGGCGCCCUCCAGGAUGUGCCCGGGCAUCCUUGCCGCCUUCCCCAUCUCUUCCGUCUGGCUAGUGAUCAGUGAAUCAACUUGGGUGGCGGAGUUUCUUGGUUAUGAACCCGUGGUGUCUCUCUUGGUCUUGGGCUCUUGGCACGCUGCUGAACUGUGAAAUAACGAGGGGUCAUUUUUUUUCCCCUCAAGAAAGAAAAAAAAUAACGAGGUGCCAUGUUCCAACGCUA